AUGCCUGUUGUAGUCGGAUACUUUGCAAACUGGAAAAUAUAUGCUACUCCACCAUACAAUCCAUCAGACAUCCCUUUGGAAAAGCUGACACAUAUCAAUUACGCAUUUGGUAAACUGGACCCUAGUGGAACCGUUUCAUUCAGCGACCCUUGGGCCGACAUUCAAAUGGACUUUCCUGGUGACGCCGCAAAUCAACCUGUAAAAGGUUGCAUCCACCAGUUGACUACAGUCUUGAAAUCGAGGAAUCCAAAUAUCAAAAUCAUCUUGAGUGUUGGUGGAUGGACUGGGUCAGGUUGCUUCUCGAGUGUCGCUGCAGAUCCAGCCAAGAGGCAAAAUUUUGUUACAUCUGCUGGUGAACUCUUGAUUGCAUACCACAUCGACGGACUUGACAUCGAUUGGGAAUUCCCCGUUGAAGGAGGAAUGGAUACAAACGAACGCUCCGUACUCGACUCCAAGCACUUCAACUUUCUACUAUACGAACUUCGAAUCCACUUCAAUCAACUCCUCACUGCAGGACGCGUACCUCAUCAUUUGGAAUUGACUAUAGCAACAUCAGCUUCAUCAUAUAUUUAUAAACAUUUGGAUUUACCUGGGUUGUUGCCUUAUGUUGAUUUCAUCAACUUGAUGUCAUACGACUACUCUGGCUCAUGGUCACCAACAGCAGGCCACCACUCUGCACUCUACACUCCAACACCAUCAACACCCGAUACAAUAUCAACAGACGCAACAAUCCGAGACUAUAUCGCACGAGGUGUCCCACCAAACAAACUCGUAUUAGGAAUCGGGUUUUAUGGACGAGGGUUCUCGGGAGUUCAAUCACCAGCAUUUAAUUGCCCACACGGUGGAGCUUCAAAAGCUGCUAGCGGUGAAGACGUGUAUACUUAUGAUGAAUGCAAAGCACUCGUAUCUCAAAAUGCUGGAUGGGAGGUUAUUCAGGAUGGUCCUUCGGCAUCUUCGGUAUUAUAUAAUAGGUCAAGUGCGACGUGGAUUGGGUAUGAAGAUGUAAGAUAG